AAAUGAAUAUUUACAAGAAAAAAAUAAAAGAACGUAUAAUGUGUUUUUAUAGCAAAACGUAAUUAGUUAUGUUCAUUUAGAUAACAUUUGUUUUUUAAUUUUCAAAGCGUACGAUAGUGACAGUUAAAUAGUUGUUAUCUAAAGAAUUUAUAAACAUUCGGUAAAAGAAAAAGUUGAUUUUUAAUUAUUAAAAUAUUUUUAUACACUUGAAAUAAGAAAAAAAAAAUACACACCGUGAAUAUUUUAGACCUAUUCGGGAGAAUAGUAAAGUAGGGACUUAAAAAGUCUUAUUAUCACUAACCACUUCCAGUUGUGGUUUGCUUCUGUGAGGGAAUUGUUGUGAUAAAACUUCGUUGCCUUUUGAGUUUAAAAAAAAAAUUUGCACAACGAUGUUGAACUGUAUUGUGAAAAAUUUAUAUGUUAUUCUAUUUCUGUUGGAAAGCAGAGUUAAAUUUUCAAUUCUCACAGGACUUAAAUUUUUCAUUUCAUCAGUGAAACUGAAAUAUGAAUUUCAAGUGAAUCGAACAAAGAAGAUGGUUUUAAAUUAAUAAAGUUGCGGAUUAAAGAGGAACAAUCAUUUAAAACACUUUUUUAAUUUCAAUUUAUACCGGAGAUAAAAUUUAUUUCAUCAAACAAUAUGAAGUAUAGAAUUAUACCAUUGGAGAGGAACUCCGACAUUAGUUAUCGAGUAAAGUGUGUUUCCGUUGAAAAUGAACGUGUUUUUGGAGAUGUUCUCGUCACAAAUCAAAUGCAAGAUUCUGUUUAUUGUAAAAAUUGUUUCCCCUCCGUUUGGCGAAAAAAGAAAUUUAAUUUAAUUAAAAAAACACUAGAGAGUCCUGAUUUUAUGGAAAUGAACAGUAAUCCUGUGUCUCGACGAAGAAGUACAAUAUGCCACGUUCCAGGAAUGGUUCAGAAGAAUUUUCAGAGAUCAAAAUCCGUUGGAGAUGAAUUUUUGCAGACAAUUGACAUAGAGGAGUUACAAAAUCAAAAAUUUUGUAAUCCAAAGAUUUAUCCGGAGCCUUUAAAUAAUAUAGAAACUGUAAGUAGAGGAAAAACGGUUACCACUUUAGUCGAUCAACUUCUUUCGGAUAUUUACGGAAUUCCAAGCAGCGAUCGAGGGAAAUCUGAAAGCGACUCAUCGCUCUCUUCUAAUUCGCAACUACGUCAUACUCACUUACAAAAAACUCGUCUUAUGCUUAAAACGGAAAAAGAACUUCGUGUGGUACUUAAAACUUUAAUGGAACAUGUCAGUUAUGAAGGUGGACUUUUAAUUCGACAACUUCGUCGUCGAGAUUAUCUUCUUGCUAAACGCGAUAAGCAAUACGAUGUCAUUACGGCUCAUCUUUAUACACAUUGUGAAAAGACAAGUGAGGAUGCAAAAAUAAAAUUUAGUCUAUCACCACAACCCGGUGAAAGUGGUUUUACACAAUGGUUGGAUGCUAUGAAAAUGGUGGCAGGAUUACCGGGAGGAAUUCCUCCAGAGUUUCGAAAGAGGUUGUGGAUUACACUGGCAGAGAGACAUUUAGAUCAGCGGGGAGUGGAUUGGAAACAAGCAGAAAAAGUGUGUUUCAACGAGUGGAGCAACCCAGAUGACGAAGAGCUCGGUUCUCAAAUUGUCAAGGACCUUCACAGAACUGGGUGCAGUUUAUUUUGCGGGGCAGCCGGCCGUGAUAAUCAGGCGGUUCUACGUCGAGUGUUACUUGGCUUCGCUCGAUGGAAUAAAUCCGUGGGUUAUUGCCAAGGUUUGAAUGUAUUGGCAGCUUUGAUUCUUCAAGUUGUCGAUCGUGCAGAAUCUUUAGCUGUUAAAGUGAUGAUCUACUUAAUUGAAGGUGUCCUACCAGAAGGAUAUUUCGCUGACAAUUUACGAGGACUUUCAGUUGAUAUGGCUGUCUUUCGUGACCUCUUACGAAUAAGGUUACCCAGGCUAUCAAAACAUCUUGAGGCCUUGCAAACAGACGCUAAGGACAAAGCCACAGGAAGCAGUUACGAACCACCGUUGACAAAUGUGUUUACGAUGCAAUGGUUUCUUACCCUCUUUUGUCACUGCUUGCCUCAAGAAGCAGUUUUUCGAGUUUGGGAUCUCAUAUUUCUCGAAGGGGAUGAAGUACUCCUGAGAACUGCUUUGUCAAUUUGGGAAGGACUUUCAGACCGAAUAAUGACCGUCAAGUCAGCGGAUGAGUUUUACAGCAUAAUGGGAGUGCUCACGAGGGAAAUGUUGGAAUUUACGGAUACAAACAACUUAAUAAAGACUAUCGUCAGUAUGGGGUCCUUAUAUGGAGUGACAAGUCUUAGGGAAAAGCAUCGAUACAAUAUUACACCUUGGGCUCGUCGAUUAAGUGACGAUGAGGACGAUAGUGAAACUGAAGAGGAGGAAAGAUUAGCAGUAGCCGCAGCAGCUGCUAUUUUUAGUAUGCCACACAGAAAGAAAGAUCAUUCUUCUUCAGUCUCGGGAGCUCUGCAGUCUUUAAGUGGUGACAGGGAAAAACUGGCUUUGGAUAUAACAACGCUGAAGCAGCAAUAUGCAAAAUUACGAGAACGUCAACGUCAAGCUCACAUUAUACUUUCUGCUGCUUGUGCGAGACAAUCUUUGGUCACACCUCCGACAUCCGCUAUGAAUCAUCUUCUUGCUGGAAAAAGUGCUUUGAUAAGCGGAAGGAGUCGACAAAUUAGUACAUCUGCUUUAAUAUCUACCUCAAAGGUGAAAUCAUUACCUCGAUUAAGUCCUAGGAGUCAAAGUCGAAAAGACAGGCAAGCAGUGACUAUACAUUGGAAGGACAUGAAAAAACGACAAAGCAGCAAGGAUGUACCUGAAGAUGAGGGAGGGCAGCCUGACACGUUAGUGCAUUCACCCGAAUCAAUGUCGGUCACAAUGACGUCAUCAAAACGCAGCAGUGCCGAUAGCGACAGCGACAGUACAUCAACAGAACUCUGCGAUGAACCUGAUCGUCUCAGUGACGUGGACAGUGAAGAGCCAACUUCCUCUUCAGAUUGUUACGUCAUGGCAACUGAUGACGAGAAAAGUCCUCGUCUAGGAAGUUCUCCCAUCGCUAGUCAAAUUCCAUCGAAAAUCCCCCCGGAAGUGAAAAACGAAUUUACAAGUGUUUGUGUUGUUGGUGUUCUCCCUGACACGCGGAUCGACGGACCGCCAGACCUAGAGGAAACAUCAAUUGCCGAAAUAACGGAUCAAAUUCGAAGAUUAUCAGCCGGCGAUAAAAAUGUAAUCUCAAGUGGAGUGUUCAGUGAUCGUGAUAUUGAAAACAAGAAUUCAGAUUUGGAAGUCAAAGAUGGUUCAUCUUUUGAUUACCAUUUUUUAGGAAAUGUUUCAAGAUUAGAAGAAUCGGAUAUAAAUCAAUUAUCAGAGAGUACAGUUUCCGAAGGCGUUAAUUAUGAUUAUAAAAGUUUUCAUAACCUUUUAGAUCAAGGAGUUAGUGAUUCUAGUAUAGUGAAAGACUCUAAUGAAGCUUUAGAUAGAACUUAUUCUAAAGAUUUCGCUUUAGAUCCUCUGCCAAUUUCUCCUUUAACUAUCGAUCAAAAUUUAAGUAAAGUUUCCGAAUCUAUAAAUCUAGAUCCACUUGAGUCAAAUGGGUGGUCUUCUAAUUUAGAAUACAUUUAUCCAAAAUCACCAGUGGAGAGUAAGAAAAGUCCCAAAACACCCGAAUCUGCUAGUUCUGGAGAAACCAUGGGACCUGAUUCGAAAACUUCCAGUGUGAUGGUGAGUCCGAAAAUAAGCAUCAGAUCCGAUUCGAGAGCUCUGGAAAAAUCGACAUCUUCGUCUGUUAGUUCAGACUCCAAAACACUGACUUUGCAAUCAAUCGAAGCUGAUCUGAUGGCCGUUAGGGCGAAAUUAGAACCUAAAGUUCCUUCUUUCGAUAAAUCCUGCUCAUCGACUCCAAUCAGUCUAGACUCUCUAAAGGCAAAAUCAGAUUGCAGUCCGAAACUUGGCCUCAGUAGUUCUAGUGAAUCCUACAGUCCCAAUAAACUAAAGUCUUCCGAGAGGUCAUUUAGUUCUGACCUUCAAUCACCAAUCAGUGCCAAUUCCAUAAAGUACUCCUCGAAUUAUAAAGACAAUGGUAAUCUAUCGGACACUCCACCUGUCGAAUUGGUAUCCAUCACAUCUCCAUUUUAUCCAAUUGCUCAUCCUAAUCAAAAGACACCCUCACCGUACGAUUCUGCUUCUAAAAAGCACGAGAGUCAAGUCUCGCCAACUGUAAAAUAUUCAAUAAAAUCUGAUUAUUCUCUUUCAAAUGAUUUUUUAAAGAACAAAGAUUCCAAAGUAUAUGCUUAUAAAAAUUUAGAAUCUAGUUUUGAAAGUGAUUUGGAUACCAAGAUUGGUGGAAGUGCCUUCUCCAGUUACCAAAAGUGUAAGUUCGAUGAUAGUCCCGAUAAAGAUGACGAUUCUUUGUCUCCACUUCCAAAAGAAAACAACUCGAAUCUCUUUGAUUCAUUAGGAGUGAAAAGGAAAGAAAGUCAUCUGAGUGGAAAAACGUUAACAGCAAAGCCUUUCGAAAGAAGUUGUAGCAGUUUGGAUAAAAAGUUCCCGAAUUUAACCUCUUCUAGUUCACAAGAAGAAUUAUCAUCUUCCGUGAAGAAAAGAUCAAGUGAUAUAUUGGAAGAUAUAAAACAUCUUGAAUCGAAAUCUGAUUACCCAUCAGAUACUAAUAUGCUAACGAAAAAAACCGGUUACAUUUGGGAGGAUGUUCAGAAUUUAGAAGCUAGACGACUAGACACUUUCAGUGAUUCAGCAAGUGGUUUCUCGAUAAGUCGUCUCAAUAUUCCAGGUAUUAGUAUAUCGAAUGAAAACAGAAAAACUUAUAUAGUCGAACCAAAGAUCAACAUUGAUGAAAGCAGUGAUAGUAUACUGAAAAAAGUUGCACAUAAUACCAUCAAUAAAGAUGAUGAUAAAGAAGCUAAAUUAGGAGUUUGGACUAAAGUCAAGCCGAGAAAAAUAGGAGAUAAUGGUCGACGAUCCAGCAGUGAUAGAGCUUUGAAGAUUAUUCAAGAAAAUUCUGCGAUUCUACAAAAGAUUCUCACGUGUCAAGCUAAGAAACGCUUGCCAGAUCUAGAAGAGAUCUCAAAGGAAAUAACCAUCAGUCCUAUUAAUGAAGAGAUUUCAAAGAUCUUCAGUCCAAUUUUAGAGAAAAUGGGAUUUAAUGAACACGAGAUUAAUGAAGAACUUGCAAAAAUCAAUUUUAAGGAUAUAACUUCUACUACAUCUGAGUUCGAUGCAAAAAUUAACGAUGAACUCUGUAAAUUGUCGUUAAUUGGCGAUGAUGACAUUGAGUCAGUUGACUUAGACGAAAUUAUUUCUCAAGAUUACCUUGAAACUAGAGAUGCUUUUAUCGAUCGACAAAUAAAUGAGGAACUUUCUAAACUUUUGUCAAAUUACGAUAAUGAAUCGUCAAGUGGUUCAAUCAGGAAUCAGAAGGUUGAUAUCGAUCUGUAUAAAUAUCAGAACUCGAUUGAACCUAAAAAUGGUCUUUCAACCCAGGAGGAGAUGCUUCAUUCUGAAAAAUAUAAUUCGUAUGUAGAUCCGAUUCAAUUGCAUCCAAUGUCAUUUAGUCCAAUGAAUCAAACAUUGAAUCCCAACCAUUCAUUAAAUUCAGUGAAUCAAACAUUUAGUCCAGUGCAUCAGACAUUCAUUUCAGGGCAUCAAGUAUAUAAUUCAGUGCAUCAUGCCCAAUACCCCUUGAAUGAGACAUUUAGUCCUGUAAGUCAGACAUUAAGUCCUUUGCAUCAAACACAGAAUCCCUUAAUGCAAACUGUAAGUCCUCUGAGGCAGACAUUUCAUCCUCUUGGUGAGACAUUAAGCCCUUCGCAACAAGUAUUUAAUCAUUCAUAUCAUUCCCUAAAUUCUACGACUACACAUAACGCUCUCAGCUCUCCAAUGGCCAAUCAAUCAUUGAGUCCACUGAGUCAAUCACUGAAUCUAUCAACCCAAUCAUACAGCUCUAAUCAGACCUAUUUAACAACGAAAUACAGUCCUUCAAACUUUAAGCCUAAAAGUGAUAUUGAUAUUUACAGGGAACUGGAGAAACUGGACCAGAUAUCGUCAGUUCAAGUCCUAUCUUCAACCUCACACGAAAUUCCAACUCUUCCAUAUCUUUCGCAGAAUGAAUCGUAUUCGGAUGUGAGUAUCGAAUACCCGUCCAAGGAAGAAAAACGAUUUGACUCCUCACCUCUUAAGAGUCCUUAUGAUACUUACAAACCUUACGAUUAUAAACAAAAUCUAUCGCCAAGAAUAUCACCAAAAAAAUCUCCAAUCGAUUCCUAUUCGAUCCGAAGGUACGAUAAAUCUUACGACGAUGGUAAAUUCGAGUUCAGUAAUAAAACAUUCGAUUUUGAAAUGAAUCACAAAAAAGUUUUGUCCAAGGAAAGUCUAGAAUUUCGUGUCCGUUAUGACGAAGAUCAACCAAAAUCUAAAAUAGAUUUAAGUAUUUCGCCAUUUCAAAGCGACUUGUCUGAUCUUAAUAAAGGAGCACCAUAUUAUAAUGACAAGCCCAUUACUCCUACGAACAAUAUUCAUCAAAUAAAAAUUAAUCCUAACGAUGAAAGGUUCGUAGGAACAAGUCCUAAGAAUGGAGAUAAAUUCCCAGGUGCAAAUGAAGCAAGAUUUAUUGGUUCUUCUAAUGGAGAAAGGUUUUUACAACCUGCUAAUGAAGAUAAUUUUCUGACAUCUACAAUUGAUGACAGAUUUUUGGAAUCGAUGGACAAAAAUGAAGAGAGAUAUUUCACACGUGGAACGGAUGAAAGAUUCACAAGAUCGAGAGGUCUUUCACCUUUUGAAUACAAGUACGAGAGACAAGAUGCCUAUAUUCCAAGAGAACGUGAAUCGAUAUCACCGAAGGAUUAUGGGAAUUCAAAAUUAGAGUAUAGACAACCUUAUAAGUUGAUGGAUCUUGGAAUGGAAGAUACAUCUUAUCUGGUUUCGAUUCAACAUAAAGAAUUGCAAUUGAUAUCUACGAGUAAUCAAUUCAAUCGAGAAUUUGCUCAAUCAUCGAAUCAAUUUUUAACAAAAUUGUCUCCAAGUUCGGAAGAAAUUGCGAAAAAUCCUGUGUCUCCUAAAUUUUCAGGUAUAAUAAGUGAGAAUGAUUUGACAUCGAGAAGGUCAGUUAAUCAUAAAAAAUCUUCUCUAACACUUGGGGAUAUUAAUUAUACCAAUAGACCAGGCUUUGAUAGUGGUUUGAGUCCAACAACAAAUUUCAGUCCCUUUCCGGUUAGAAACGCUCUUAGGAAGCCUAAAGAAUUAGGACUAAAACUUGGUCUUUAUUCGCCAACUAGUAGUCUUAAGAAUGGCCAAGAAAAAAAGUCCUAGUAUUCAACAAGCUUGAAAGAUAAUUUUAAUUACUGACGAGUGGGAAUUUUAUUCGAUGUAAAUUCGAAAAUCAAAGUCUUGAGACUCAAUUGUUUAGGAUUACAAGUUUUUUACAACUUUGACAAAAUAUAUUUGGAAUGUAACAUUUGUAGUUACGAACUAUCUAAAAAAUUAUCAAUCGAGUCGCCUUUUGAAUUCAAAAGGGUUUUUGGUUUUGUCUACUGACUUUGUUUUAAAUUGCACAAAUUUCGAAAAUGGAUUAAUUCUAAAAACCGUACGAAUCUUUUUCACUAUCAUAAGUUACAUGGAAAUGAUUCUUGGGGUUUUGAAAUUUAAACACUUUCGAAAUUAACGAUUCAAUUAUUUUUUUGUCAUUUUUAUAGAUUUUCAUUAGAAGCUUAAAGACUAUAUCAGGAUAUUAAGUAUUUUAUAUCUUUAAAUUAAUUAUUUACUUUUCUUUUUAGUAAAAACGUAAAGCAGGUUAACUAGAGAGCAAAAUAGUACAGAAUUUCCAUAAUGGGCCUAAAUCUGUUUAGACACUUUUCGGAGAAAGAUUGAAAAGUUUGUAAAAUAUGUGUAAAAAAAUUUGAAUAUAAAACGAACGUUUGCUUACAAAUGUAAGAAGAAAAAAAUUUGAAUUUUUAACAUAUUCAGUUCUUUAGUUUUACAAAAAAUAUGAAAAUAAGUCUAUGUUUGUAAAAUAUGGAACACAUUCAGUAAAAUAAUGAUUUGAAAAUAAAUAUUUAUACAUAUGCUGGUAAAUUAUAAUAUCAAGACAGUAAAUUUUUAAUGAGUCUAAUGUUAACAUUAUUUUUAAAAUUUGAAUUUUUAUAUAAUUUAAUUACUAAUAACAACUUUCAUUUUUUACCAUUAAUUAACUUUAAUGUUGUACAUAAUUAUAAAACAUGAAAGUUUUGUAAUUAAACUCUGUAGAAAGUUGAGGAAAUCAAACUUUAAGCAUUGUGCUGCAAAUUCGUGGUGAUUUUGUAUAUUAAAAAAAUUAAGCUAAUUAGAAAUAUUAAGAAAUUUAAAUACUGCGAGAAAGAAACAGGCAAAGAAGUUUAAAAAUAUAUGUUAAUCAAUAAUUGUAUAAAUAAUUGAGGGAGUAAAGUAAGAUAUCUAAGAAUUUGAAGUGAAGAAUAGAUAUAGUUUAAGAAACAAAGAAAAUAAAUAAUAUUACCACGCUGUAAUGUAACAAUAUAAAAUGUAUAUUUUUCAUGUAGUUAGAAUAAAGUCAGAAUCAGUCAUUUCUCCGAUUCUUGUAAAAUUUACCAAUGUUGUAAAAUUUUCCUCUUGAAUUCUAUGUAUAUGUAACUAGAGGGCAUUGAUUUUAGGAAUAACUAGAUAGAAAUUUUCUUUUCCAUCGCGUUGCUUAAAAUCUAUAAAUACAGAAGAAAUGAUAAGAAAUGCUAUCAAGUCAAUUAAUGCAUUUCCAAGAGUCUAAGAAAUUUUCACUUAAUACUAAUAAGGGUGAAUUUAGAAAGAAUAGAUAAAUUGAAAAAUAGACGAACAGAAGAGUAUGGCUAGAAAAGACUUUAAUGAAAUAAAUCGUUACUGAAUCAUUCUUGAAAAAGUUUAUCUCAAACUUUAUCACUGUAAGAUGUAAAUUGUUUGGCGAAACUUUAUUUUCAAUUUUAAAUCGAGUAGACUUGAAUUUUUCAAAAUGUAAUAAUUGCCAACCAACAGAGAACGCAAAUGAAUAUAUGGGUGCUCAAAAUAUUGACUUUAAAUUGUAAUAUAUAUGUUACGGUAAGAGUACGAUUGUCAAAGAAAGUUUAGGUGAUAUGAAAGAAUUAAAAAAAAUUCCAACAGGGUCCUAUGCCGUCGUCACAGUGAGUCUAGAAGCUUUCUUAAAUUAUGAAAAUAUUGACAAUGUUAUCAUUGUCAAUAUUUUCAAACCCAUUUUUUAUAUUACUUUUAAAUGAUUUUAAGCUUUAUAAGCCAAUUUUUUAAAAAUGGGUAAAAUUAAAAUUUUUUAAAUCUGUUCAAGUAAGUUAAAACCUCCAAAACAGUUUCCAACAAACAAUAUACUCAAUACAUAAAAAUAUUAAUCAAAAUUAAAACAAAUUAACCAAACAUUCAACUUUUAAUACGAAAACAUUUCACAUUUAACGGUAAAUGAACAGGCUGAUUAAAUAUGUACAUUUACUGUAACAUAUGUAUAAAUAUAUUAAUGUUAUAAAAUAUAUACAUUUAUGGCGACGGCUAUUAAAAAGUCUAAUUUUACCAUGAAAAGUGUUUAGUUCCUUAAGUUUGUACCAGUACGAAAAUUUUAGUCGAAUAGCUGUGUUCUGGUGCAAAAUUCAAAAUUGGGCUACAAGUUCACCUAAUUGAAAGUAGAAAUGCUUUUUUUUAUCGAUAUUGAAGUAAACGCAAGUAAAAUGUGCAAUAACAAAAGUGAGGAUUGUCUAUCUUCACGCAGUAAUUUUAUAUUUAAAGUUAACUACUCAGCCAAAGUUUUUUCAGCAUAGUAUAGAAGAAUUAUUUAAUAAAUAAUUAAGAAUUUCUGUAAAUUCAGCGCAUAAAUAAUGAAUUUUUAAAUUAAUUACGAUUACAUAAUUUGCGAGCGCUCCGGCGAACAUUGGUUUAGACUUACUCAUCAAGACAACUAUUUUCUGCUCUUUCACCACAAUAUAAAGACUUAACAAGGAUAUCAUUUAACUACAAUAUUUGGUGAAUUUUACUAUAACAAAAAUUUUUUCUCAUGUCAAACAUGUGAAGAUAUGUCAGAGUAAUUAAAAAUUGCUUUGACUAAUGCUUUCCUUGCACAGAGUUUAAUGAGCUUCUGAAACAUUUUAAAGUUUCCAUAUGUUUUUAAUUAAAGGAUGCUUCGUCACAGAAAUACAGAACUAAAGAAAAUAUUUUAAUAACAUUUCAGAAAUUUUUAUAUUAAUAAUAAGACUCUAAAAAAUCAAGUUUCAAAAAUUUAAAAAUAAAAAAAUAUAUAUGUAACCAUUUUGCAUCUAAUAGAACUUUUUUGCUUACCUACAACGUUCUUUAAAUUAUUUAAAAAUGAUCCGAUUUGUAUCAGUCAGGGAUUAUGUUCUCUAAAACUGUAUACCAAGAAUUUUGAAACAAGUUUGAAAAAUGAUACAAUGGUUUAAGGGUUCAACAGUUUGAAGGUGGCAAGAGGAGUUAAUUUCAAUUUAAACAUUUUAAUCAAUUAUUUAUUUUGAAUUAUUAUUAAAAAAAAUCUGUAUACUAAAAAAUAGUUUUGAUGUGAAAAUAACUUCAUCCUCUUCGCUUGUCUUUUACGAUUUACAUUAUUUAAUAAUGUUAAACUUUUUCCAACAGAUUUUUUACUUUUAAAAAAUGUACUAAGAAAUUAUCUCAUACUAUUUAUAAAGAUUAGAAAAAUAUACAAAAAUAUUUUUGGUAUUUAUGUUGCUGGAAUGUAAAACAAAUUUGCAUAUAUAAAUACUAAGAAUUUAUUAUUGGCUCAUAAGAGAAUUUCGUAUUCUAAAAUUUUCUUUAGGUUUUUCAUUAUCUUAAAUGCCUAUAUUUGACAAUAUUGUGCACAUUACUAUUAUCUAUAAAGCAAUAAAUUUUUUCAAAAUAUUAAAUUGAAAAUUUCAUACUAUUGCGGGAAACAAAUAAAUAAAUUUAUAUGGCUGAGAUAUUUAGAAAAAUGCGGUACACUAUGAAAAGUAAGUUAAUAAAUUUUACUAAAGGGAGAAGACUUAAAAAGUAAAAUUACAUAAAUAAUAAUUUUUUAGUGUAUGAAGAUAAUAUUAAGAUGAUGAGAAAAGAAAGGAAGUAAAUUGUGGAAUGGACUAAGAAAGUAAAACCUAUUCUAUAUGUUUAGAGAAAAAGUAUUGUAAGAUUGAAAAUAUGUGUGUGACUGUAGUAUAUGAUGCUUCGUGAUAUUAUUGUAAAUAAGCGGCCGAUAAAAGACUGUAAAUUUUGAGAGUGUAAGAACAACAGAUUUAAGACAGAUAUCGAAUAAAUAUAU